AGUGGGUGAGUCAACCUAUCCAUCACGCAUAGCAGAGCGCCGCGCCAAGCUUGUUUUGUAUUCGACGAACGUAAUUGCUGGAGUGGAGUCGUGCGGAAUGUACGACAGUAGCGCACGAUCACGACAAUGCGCCGCGAAAAAUGCUAAGUUGCUAACAUUCCCGCGCUAGUGCAUUAUAACUUGAAACAAAACAGUGUGAAUUAGUUAUUGUACGAGAGAAAUUUGUGAAUAUUGUUUUGUUUAUGUAAUGAAUAAACAGUUUGUGUGAUUAUUAAACUGGAUAUAUUGUGACUUACUUGUUUGAAUAAUUAUUGAAAACUUGGAGAUACUACGAGCUACUAAGCCUUCCGAGACAGGAUGUCCAAUUUUCAACGAACACGCAGUAAAGUUUGGUGGGGUGAUUCACCGCCAAACAUUGGAAGUCCGGUGGCGCAGCCCGAGUGGAACCAAAACAAUCGCGCUCGAGACGAUCCCGAUUGGGAGCCCCAACUACCUCACUGGAUAGCGAAUCAGCCUGACGAACCACAGAACAAUAGUGCCGAUGACAUCGCACAGCCCAUUCAAAUGAACCAAUGGCCUCUGCGUCACGGCAGUCCUGGCAGUCACAAGAGCCAGGAUUCCGGUUUCUCUGACUCAGACAGCUCUCCACCCCCAUCACAGUAUUAUCAGGCUCCUGAAACUACGGAUAAUAAUAAAUCUUCGAGUAGUAGCGAUUCUAAUAACAACCAGGAUAUUACCGUGAAACAGGCUCCUGGUUAUCAAAACACAUCACCGAGCCGUGAUGCUAGUAAGGUGAUGCUGCCUGACAAUGUCAGUUGUGGGAUGCCGACGCCCAAACCACGGCUUCGAAGCAGUAGUGUUAUACAAACACCGUAUGACCUGCAGAAGUAUUGCGAAAUACAUCAAGACGAGGAACAUAUGGAACUAUUGAAAGAUAAGGACACGGAAAAUGUAAGCAGAAUUGAAAAGAAUAAGAGUCCGCCACCUAAGAAUAUUAAUAAAGAUAAACUUAAGAAAGAAAACUCGCUAAAUAUUUUAAAUAAUAAUUUAAACAGUAAACCUAAAGUCAAAGUCGAAAACAAAAUAGACAUAAAGGUUACACCUCCGAGUAACGUAAGUAACAAAGAAAAUAACAUAACAACCAAAAGUGCAAUACAAAAAGAUACCAAAGACAUACCAGCUAAAAAUAUUAAUGUUAUAAGUCCCUCGAAGAAGUACCCAGCCAAGAAGUCAUUCAUAUCUAGUACAGAUAGUGAUAGCACCAAAGUUAUUAAAGUAGCUAAAGUAAAGGAUUUAGAGACAAGCAAAAACAAAUCAGACGAUAGUUUAGAAUACUUGAAACUUGAGGAUGACAAUGAAAUAGCAGUAAACAAUCAGCCGCGGGUGCGGACACCAAUAUCUAACGUGUCCUAUGUUCCUACUGAGAGGACGACUACGGCCAGAGCAGAGUACACGCGCAGCUUGUCAAGUGAGGAUGCUACUCCCAUAACCACAACUCCAAAGUUCCAAAGAAAUAGACUAAACAAAUCACUAAACUUCGAAGCUCAGAGGUUAGACCAACAAAUCCUUGACAUACAAGAAGGAUACCACUCGCUAGGUUACAUAGAUGAAGAACCCAACAAUGACAUGAUGUAUGAUCACGAACAAAUACACAAACCAACUCAUGCUAUCCUUGGUAAGAAUAUCUUGGACAGUCUACAUCUAAAACCUACCAAAAAGCCAGGGCCUAAAGCUAAGCAGCGCAUGGCUACAAAGUCAGACAGAACGAAGGACUUAUUCAGGAUAUUUCCCAAGAAGGAAAAGCCUGGAAUAGUAGAUGAUUACGCUGGUGGUUAUUUGAAGGGCAGCAGGGUUCCUGUUUUAGGUCUACCGAGAGUCAAAGAGCAAGACUCGUGGGUAAUAGUCGGCCAUCCCGAAGAAAUUCUAAUACCUCAUUACAACGAAAGGCUGGUGGGUGAAGAGGGCGAUUUAGUGAAAGCAGCAGAGAAGAAAGAUGAAGAUGAGUUUAUUAAAAAGUCGCGCCCAGUCACACCUCCACCGCAGUUCCAGGACAAACAGAAGACUCCAUACGAAACAGAAUCUAGAACGAAUAAAAAUCUUACACACGACUCCAAGAGGGAGAAAUUAAAAGGAGAACUGGACUUCGUGGAUGUCCAGCUGAAUCUAGCAUGUACGUCCACUCCUAAGAUGUUAGCUCCACACGAGUUUAUGGACGUUCCGAAGAGUGAUAGGAAAAGCGUUCGGAAACUCAACAUCCAGGACGAAUUCAACAGCGAGAACUACCCCUCCAGAUUAGUUCUAAAUGGCCAGAAUGAAAUCCUAUAUCGAGAGAGGUCUAUAGACCAGACAUGUUUAGAGCGGCUAUGUGAUAGAAAGCCAGAGCCUGUCCAAUAUUGGCUGUGCGACCUGGUCGGGUCGUGUGAGAAUGAGUGCAUGACUACCCUGCAGAGCAAGCCACUUGGAGCAGAGAUGAAAGCUAUGGUGUCUGCAAGCUCCGCGACUAUAACAGGGAAUAUAAAGAAAGUCCAGACACAUGGCCAGAUUAUUGUUUAUCAAUACAGUGAUGUUUUGAGGCAAAUAGAGUCCGGAAAAUCAAGUGAGGAACAAAUUUGCUUGUUGGUAGCGAACAUCAAUGAGUUUGUACUAGCUCACAGCAUCACUUUAAACACCAAGCCUCCCGGAGAGACUCCAGAAAGAUGGGACAAGAUUAAGAAGUCCUUACAACUAUACUUACAGAAGUUAAUCGAUGUUGGAGAAGAUGUGAAAGUGGAAUUAAACGAGAGUGUCCCUGAAUGGAACUUGGUCUGCAAACACUUGGACACUCUGAUUGAAAUCUUCUUGGAGACCACUAAGGCCGUGCUUGUUCAACAGAUGAAGACUCUGGUAUCGAUUAUAGAAGAGCCACCUUCGGACAUGAUUCUUAAGAGUACGUUGACGUCUAUUGGACACUUGGCCAUGCUAAGUGACACUACAGAGAGUUCCCUUCACGAGAAAUGUUCGAAGAUCAUGAAGAAUAUUACUGAGCUGCCGUUCGUGGACUGCGCAGUGCCCAGAGCGUUGUUGACAGCGAUCAUCGAGAGCAACAAGAGCUCUAUAAAGGCGUUAUCGUUACGUGCGCUUGCGACCGUCUGUGUCACUGGGGAUGCUGUGAAACAGUUUGAAGAGGGCGGUGGUAUCGAAAUCAUCUCAGAUAUUCUCUCGGACCGCAAGAACCCUGAACCUCAGAUGCGCGAGGCCAUCACAGUGCUCACUCAGAUUACUGCACCCUGGCUGAGAGGGCACUACGACCUCACACAGAUGCACAUCUACCUCAACAACAUCGUUGAACACAUUACCGGUAUUCUAUCUCGUACCGAAUGCUGUCAACUCCUUCUCCUGUGCACGGCUUGUCUCGUCAACUUGGUGCGAGAGUUGGAGUUGGAGAAGAAAGAUGAUGACGUCACCACCAGAUCUGACAUUGUCGAGGUGAUCACCAAGCACAGGACUGUCGAGAGACUGCUGGACGCUGUGAAACGACGAGGACCUAACAUCUCCGUGUUCUUGCAAGAACAGACAGCAUCUCUCCUAGCCUCGCUAUCCCGGAUCCCUCGCUGCAUGUUGCUCCUGUCGCGCGUGACGUCAGUGUGCGUGGCGCUAGUGUGCUUCGCGCGGUUCUCGCCCGGCGCCUGCGCACGCACCGCCGAGCUCCGCGCGCAAGCUAGACUGCAUUGCCAUGCCGCUGAGGCUAUCUCUAGACUGACAGUGAUGCCAGACGUCGCGUACCAAAUAGUGCAGCUGGAAGGUGUUCCUCUCCUUACCAAGCUGGUAAGGUUGCAGCGAACGCGGCCUCCGCUGGACACCAACCCUGACCAGACCCUCAUCCACUGCCUCAAGGCACUCAGGACCAUCUACAAACACCACCCAACCACCUUCGAUGAUGAACAAGACGUUAACGACAUGAUCAGGCCCCAUUUAAUGGAAUCUCUCAUGCUAUUUUCAGCCAAAAAAGAAAGCUACGUAUAGUCCUGUCUAAUCAAUUUCAAAUACUCUCGAUUCUUUUAUCGAUAACAAUCGAGUUAUCGAUAUUGUUAUUCGAAUAAUAAUGGGAUGGUGUUAACAUUUUAAUUUUUGGAGUUUCUUAUGUGAGCGUAAUGAAACCAAACUCGAAUAUAAUGUAGUUCUCCUGAGACUGAAUUAAUUAAAUUAUUUAGUUAUGAACUUAUGACAUUAGUACGAUUACUUAAAUAACGCAAUGAAUAAACUAAUCAGAUCAGUCACAGAACUUCAUUAAACCAUGAUAAUCGAUUUGUAGGGAAUGAAAUAAUUAAUCGAUUGAAAUAUUUGACUAAUUAAUUUAUCAUGCCUUUUACCUCAGAGUAAAAAAGUUACUGGAUUUCCUUCAAACAUAUUUAUUAUUUUCUUUACUAAUGAAAUAUUGUGGUACUUUUAAAAAUUCGAAGUUUUAGAAUAAGGUCUUUUGAACACCUUUUUUGAUUUGCACUAUGGUUCUGUACAGUAUUGCCAUACAUUCCACUUAAUUUAACAGUGUUGCUGUAUAUAAAAUUUUAAUUCUACUUAUUAUAAGUAUUAUUAUUUUAUUUGGCUUUGUAAAUAGCGUACUUACAAGUAGGUACUAACAUUUACUAAUUUUACUAUUUAUCUUGAAUAGUACAGAGGCCAUACUAUCUUGAAAUUACUUCUACUAGUCUUUAAUCAUUAUUAUUAAACUUAUUUGUAACUAUUGUAAAGGUUUACUUUAAUUUUUUGAAUCUUAUGGUACAAAACAUAUUUCAAACCUUGUCCUCACUAGGAACCAUUGUGAAGUCUUUAAAAACUACUUAUUUUGACGUAUUUUUUCCGGAACGUACGUCAUAAAGAAUGACAGAUAAUUCAAAAUGGCUGCCAAGUCAAAUAUCCAACGGUUGGUGGACUCUAGAGAGGACGACGUUUAUUUAUAAAUAAAGAUAUAGGUAACUAAAUAAUCUUGAUUUGAUGUAGCAACAAGUCUUACGUCUUUCUAUUGGCUAUUAUUUUCAUAUUGUUUUGUCUAUAAGAUUCCUUUUUGUAAUUAUUUUAACAUCACUCAUAGUGUAAGUUUGGUACCACCUAUUAUUAAUGAACUGUAGUAUUGUAUACCUUUUACCUACGAAUGUUUAGGCUGUAGUUUGUAAAGAAAUUGCGUUAUGCGGCACCCGCCAAUGUUAUCUGUUUAUAAUAAAGUAUAUUAUCUAUUC